UUAGAUUUCGAUUAUCAGUUGCAAUAAAUAAAUAUUUUCAGAACCUUUAAAGUUCACACUUACAGUUCACACUACAAUUUCCUUUACCAGUUACCUCUAUAAAUUCCCACCUUCAACUCCUACAACAACUCAACACACACAGAUUCUCUCUCUCUUUUCUUAAUUUCUCUCACAGUUUAUCUCAACCAUUUAACUUUCUUGUUGCCUCUUCUAAAAUAAACCAAAUAUGAACAAAAUAACAGCCCUGUUCUUCAUGUCUCUAUUCCUCUGCUGCAUGCUCACCCACUCUGCACGACCUGAACCAUCUUUUCAAAAGGAAUCUUUGGUAGUAACACAGCAUGAGGAUGUUGAGGCAGUUGAUACAAUCUGUGAAGGGAUUGAAGAGGAUGAAUGCUUGAUGAGGAGAACACUAAUUGCUCACACAGACUAUAUUUAUACACAGAAGCAUAACCCUUGAAACAAUCUUCACCCUUUCCUUGUUUUGGUGUCGUUCUUUACUUUGAUGUUUUGUGUAAUAUAUUUAUACUAUGUCUUUGGUAGUGAGUUUAUUGUAACAUACAAUUACUAGUAAGCAAACAAAAUCAAUUAUAAAUAGGGUAGAGUUAUUUACUUGAA